AUGGCUGAUGCUCAGGCCAACAACAUGCCUCCUGUACAAGAGGACGAUGAGCAUGAGCAUGAGAGCGGCCAUGAGGAACAUCAUCAGGGUCCAGCUCGGAAACGUCAGAGAGUUAGGCUUUCGUGUUUAGAGUGUCGUCGUCGAAAGCUUUCGUGCUCUAGGGAGCUGCCAUGCGAUCGCUGCAUCAAGUCCGGCACACCGGACAGGUGCACUUAUGAAUCGAGACCUGGCGCAACGGCAGCACCGGCUUCUGUAGGGGACAGGACAUCUCUCGCUCCCGCUGCCCCUCCGGUAGUGUUUGGUGGUUCUGACAUUCGCCGUCCGUCUGUGAACCUCCCCCCGGCACGUCAAAAUGAGCCUUCGCUGCUCAGAGACGCUGCACGUGACCAUGAGCGAAUUCGUCGGCUUGAGCUCGAAGUUGCUCAAUUGAGGGGUGCUUUAUCGUCAAAGCAGUCCUCACUUGAUGGAAGCACUGUAGUAGCCUCGCCUUCGACUUUCAAGGACUCAAUUAAAGAUGGCCAAUCUGUACCAUCUAAUCCCUCAUUCACCCCACAGAACUUCGAGGCGCCUGAGUAUCAACAUCUACGAGGACACGACUUUAAGACUAAGUAUUUCGGCCCACACAAUGCCUGGUCUUCACUUCAGGAACUCACCGGUAUCUUUGGCUUUAUGAGAGAGACGGCAGAAGAGUGGCUUAAACCUCUCAACAUCCAAAAGAAGGACCGCAGGAAGCGAAAAGAAGAUCGCGAAAAGAAAGCUACUGAAGGCGACAUCGUUCUAGAGUCGCUACUUCCUUCCAGGGAGGAAACAGAUGCCCUUGUUGCUGUCUACCUGGAUCAGUUUGAACAAAUUCAUCGAAUUGUUCACGUACCCACCUUCAGAGCGGAAUAUGAAGCGUUCUGGGAUCCUUCCAAGACAAAAACAGCGUCGUUCACCGCCCUUGUACUGUCUAUGAUUGCCGUUUCCUGUUGUCUUGACAUGCAAUCAUCCAGCAAAUUUGUAGGUGUCAAGUCCAGCUCAAUUCAGAUGGCCGAGAAGUGGGUCAGGGCUUGUGAUGAGUGGCAUGAACGGCAAAGCCAGAAGCAUCGCAAGCUUGUCCACUACCAAAUAGCAUGCCUACUCUUCCUUGCUAAGAAGGUCAAUCUUAUCAAAAAGAAGCGAUUUUGGACCACGUCUGGAAAGAUGGUUCGCGAAGGACUCGCGAUAGGACUUCACCAAGACCCCGAACAUAUAACGGCGAAAAUCUCUCCCUACAUCGCGGAAAUGCGACGAAGGCUAUGGGCUACCAUAGUCGAGUUCGAUGUCCAGUCAUCAUUCGACCAAGGACUCCCAACACUUCUCAACUCGGUUCAUAACGACGCAGACGCGCCUAGAAAUAUUGAAGAUGACUGCUUUGACGAGAAUUCCCAUGAUCUUCCGGCUUCACUUCCGGCAAGCCAUUAUACAUCUACAUCGUAUCAAAAUAUCAGCCGUCGGAGCCUCGCACUGCGGGUCGAGCUCAACAAGAUACUGACCGGUCCUCCGGUGGAACUCGAAUGGGAGCAGGUCCUCCAGUACGGCGAUAUGAUCACUCAUGAGAUUGACCAGUUGCCGUCGUGGGAUCUGGAAACUGACAAGGAUUCGGAUCAAAAGCCGAUCCUAGCUCACACCUUGCUGCAUCUCCAACUCAGGCAGUACCUCAUUCCACUGCAUCAACCGUACUUGAAGCUUAGGAAGUUCAACUCAAAAUACCAGACGGCAGAACUCAUUUACUAUACUGCCGCGCGGGACAUCGUUAUGAUGCAUGAUAGGCUCUACCAAAAGGGAAUUCGAACCUUGUAUUUCCUUCGUGAAGACACAAUGAAUUCCGUCAUCAACCUCUGCAACGUGACAUUGCAUCAACCCAAAGAUUCGAUGAGUUUGGUGAUGUCGAACGCACAAGAGACUCUCAGGCUUAUUGAGAGGUGCAUCACGAUGAAGGAGGAUCGUGUAUUGAGAUGUGGCAAUAAUGAUCCAUGGGGUUACUCGUCGAUGUGCGCGGCUUUUGGCCUCUUGGAGACCCAUAUGGGCAUCAAGACGGCGGGAGAUGCUAAGGCGUCGGCAGCUGAGCGGUUCAUCAGUCUACACUACAAGCUACUCGCAUUCCAAAUCCCACCUUAUCCUAAUCCACCACACCCUCAGUCUACUUCACCACACACAGCUCAAGAUCCGAUCAGCCGACCUAAGUCUAUCACGCCGUUCCCUAUGGAUGCGACACCAUCAAUGCCAAUGGCCACCACGCCAUAUCCACAACGGGAUGGGCUACCAAUAUCGAUGCCAUGGUUACUGCCUCCAUCAGAUUCUAGCCAAAUACCAGUCCCGAACCCUGAUUUCAAUUUUGAGAUGCUUGGUUCCGAUCUCAAUGACCUGUGGGGAGAUUGGGGUGGUGAAUUUUCAUAA